UUUCGGCCGUCUAUAAAAAAUACGUCACACAACAAACACACAGUCGCAGUGCAACUAUAAUUUAUAAACACUAAACUCGGAAGUUUGAUGAAACUGGCUUCUCCGUCUCACUCAGUUUGGUGUUUUAAUGGCGUGUCCUGUUCAACAAACAGUGGAGCUGAAUCCAGCCCUGCUACCUCUAGACUGGCUUCUGGGCACCUGGGAGUCAGAUGAGCCUGGAGAGGGCUGCUUCCCCACCAUAAAACCUUUCCACUACACAGAGACACUGAACUUCAGCCACGUUGGACAACCAGUCAUCAACUUCAUGUUUAGUGCCUUCAAUGCAGAGACCAAGAAGCCUCUGCACAGGGAGAGUGGCUUCAUUCGGAUGCAGCCAGGAACCAACAGAGUGGCGUUCAUCAUAGCACAGAACUCAGGUCUGGUGGAGAUUGAGGAAGGUGAGCUGACAGGACAGCAGCUGAACCUGCAGAGCCAGGCUGUGGCCAGAAUCUCUUUUGCCAGGGAGCCACAUGUACAGCAGAUUUCUCGAGUGUUUCAGCUGCGACCAGAUGGGAAGCUGGAGCAGACAGUUUCCAUGGCGACUGACAACCAGCCACUGAUGCAGCAUUUGCACAUAACCUACCGCCGGUCAUCUUGAGUCAUCAUGCUGAAGGGUUUCUUUUAAAUAGAAAUGCCUAGGGCCAAAGAAGAAAAAUAUCACUAAAACACAACGACCACAGCGGAGUCAGAUAAUGAUCUGCUUCAAUGCAAAGAUAUGCACUGUAAGAAAUCCUGUCAUGGUGUGUGAUUAGUCUGUUAAAUUCACAAAAGUCAAUCAGCUUCAAAAAUAACCACAAGGCAUAUCUUACAAAAAACUCAAUACAGUUAUUACUAGGUUUUUGUUCAGGCUCGUCAGGAGGACAGAAGAAUAAAUGUUACAGUUCCCUUCAAUUUUUGUCAUCAUAAAAUUUUUGUCAUCGUAAAAUCAUCAUAAAAUCACUUCAAAGCCCUUUUUUUUUUAAAUGCUCUUUUGUUUACAUUCAUCUUUACCUACCUGCACUCUUGUGCUUUUUGUCUUUGCAGCAUAUUCAGUUAAUAUUAGCAGGCGGAGAUUGUUGGCAAUCUUUAGCAGGACUAUGUAGGGCAUCACUUGUUGCUCUUUCUCAAUUAAGAACAAUAUUGGACCCACAUGUAGAAAAAUCAGGUCCAUAACACUUUUAGAUAACUUAAACUGCACAGGGAACAUUUAAUCAAAACAUAUACAAAUAUUUAAAGAUUACACAUUCAUUAAACUGUUAUACUAAAUAACCCUCAGCUUAGUAAACUUUAUGUUCUCCUUACAUUUGUUGUUCAGAUAUUUAAUUGUGGAGAUGUACAGCUUUGAAAGCACUGAUACAUUAAUGCUAAGUUCAGUGUGCUAUUGUCUUUAGCUUUCAUUGCACUAAUUCAUUAAGACUGAAAGCUAAAGUAACUGCUGUAUCCUCCUGAUGAGGGAGAGGAAAUGUUACACUGGAUGUUGUGGUUGUGGUUGUAAUUAAAGGAGGUAAAAACAAACUUUUGGGAUUCUUUCAUAGGUAUCAGGUAGUUCACUUUAUGUCUCUAAGUCUGAAGGCUCGUGGAUGUUGUCAUUAAUGAGCUACAUUAAAAUAAUAAAAUGUUAUUUUGAAUAUG